AUGUCAGGCACUGGGGAGCUUUUGAAAGCAGCUGGUGAUUUUGGACCGUUUCAGAAAUGGCUGCUGGUGCUCGCCUCCCUCCCGUGCUUCAGCCUGUCUUUCCACCAGUUUUGUCAACUCUUCAUGGUCCCAGAUGUUCCUCACCACUGCGACACCAGCUGGAUCCGGGCGCUCGGUCCCAACCUGACGGAGGAGGAGCAGCUGAACCUCACGGUGCCCCGCGGGCCGAGCGGGGAGUACGAGCAGUGCUCCAUGUACUCGCCCGUGGAGUGGGACCUCGACUCCAUCGUGGCCUAUGGCCUCAACGCCACGCAGGAGUGCAGCAGCGGCUGGGUGUACCCUGCGGACCAUGAGGAGACGCUGGUCAUUCAGAACGUUUCUGUUCAUUUAAACGACGUGUUCCAGUACAGCCUGACCAUGGGAGUCGCCACCGUGUUUGCGUUUGGAGAUAUUUUAAACGCUCUGGGGGAGUUUGGGCGAUUUCAGAAAUGGCUGGUGGUGCUGCUCUCCCUCCCAGUCCCUUUGACUGCUUUCCAUAUGCUUGGCCAACUCUUCAUGUUGGUGGAUGUGCCCCAUUACUGCGACACCAGCUGGAUCCGGGCGCUCGGUCCCAACCUGACGGAGGAGGAGCAGCUGAACCUCACGGUGCCCCGCGGGCCGAGCGGGGAGUACGAGCAGUGCUCCAUGUACUCGCCCGUGGAGUGGGACCUCGACUCCAUCGUGGCCUAUGGCCUCAACGCCACGCAGAAGUGCAGCAGCGGCUGGGUGUACCCGUCCACACAAACGCCAUCCCUGCUGACUGAGUUUGACCUUGUGUGCGACAAGAAGGACCUGAAUGACAUCUCCCAAGCCGUUUACAUGCUGGGGCUUCUCCUGGGAGCCAUGUUCUUUGGGCCCCUAAGUGACAGGAUCGGUCGCCGGCCUGUUGUUCUAGUCUCCAUGCUCAUCCAGGGCUUGUUUGGCGUUGCAAUUGCCUUUGUGCCCGAUUUCUAUGUGUACAUGGCCUUCAGGUGCGUCGUGGGAGCUUCUAUGUCCGGGAUCACCAUGACGAUAUUGGCCUUAGCUAUGGAAUGGGUUGGUGUCUCCUACCGGCCCCACGCAGUGCUUCUUUCUCACUGCUGUUUUGCCAUCGGACAGAUGAUUUUGGCUGGCUUGAGUUAUGGUAUUCGCAACUGGAGGCUGUUGCAGAUUGCAGGAUCUGUUCCUAUAUUUGCCCUUUUCUUCUACUUCUGGGUCCUACCAGAAUCAGCUCGGUGGCUGAUGACAAAAGGUAGAAUAGAAGAAGCUAAGAAGAUCCUUCAGAAGGCAGCAUCCAUCAACAAGCGCACCAUCCCACCAGGGCUCCUCGAGCAGCUAAAACCUGAGGCACAGACCAAGCCUGGAAGUACUAUGGAUCUCUUCCGGAAGAAGCACCUGCGCAAGGUGACGUUAAUCAUGUUAUGCACCUGGUUUGCCAAUAGCCUUGUCUACUAUGGGAUCAGCCUGAAUGUGACAAAUUUUGGACUGGACAUCUACCUGACGCAGCUUGCCUUUGGAGCGGUGGAAAUCCCAGCUCGUGCAUCUUGUAUCUGGUUCCUACAGUGGUUUGGGAGGAAGAAAUCCCAGGGUUUUCUCCUGCUGCUGAGUGGUCUGGUGUGUCUGAUCAUCACUGGCAUCCCUGAAGAUCAGCCCGUGGUGAUCACCGUUCUGGCCGUCAUUGGGAAGUUUGCGACCUCGGCCUCCUUCUCCGCCUCCUACGUAUACACGGCAGAGCUGUUCCCCACCGUGGUCAGGCAGACCGGCGCGGGGCUGUGCAACAUGUCGGCGCGGGUGGCGGGGAUCAUCGCGCCGCUGAUCCGCCUGCUCGGACGCUACCACCGCGCCGUGCCCAUGGCCAUCUUCGGGAGCGCCCCCGUCCUGGCGGGGCUGCUCUGCUUCCUGCUGCCCGAGACCCGCGGCAUGGACCUCGUAGAUGACACCUCGGCGGCUGCUCCCCAGCACAGGUCCCCUGAAAACACCAACAGGACCUCUGAAAACGGACACGUGAAAGCAAAAGGUGGUGGCCCAGACAAAGAAUGUGCAGAGACCACGUACUUCUAG